GGGGUAUCCAUUUUUGGCUCCUCCGAUUGAGAGUCGGGAGGGGUGCGCCGCGCCACAAAUUGAACUAGCGAGCUUCUAGUGUGAGACAGGCUGCGAAGAAGGAGACAGCUUCUUCAAGUCUGAAGGCACUCCAGGUCCGCCUUUUCCGCAGAUAAGCUUUUUCCUUCACCUGAACAGCGAAAACCCAACCGGCCACCGCCAUGGACGCAAUCAAGAAGAAAAUGCAAGCGAUGAAGCUUGAAAAGGACACAGCACAAGACAAAGCUGAUACCUGUGAACAGCAAGCCAGAGAAGCUAACCUUCGCGCUGACAAGGUCGGAGAGGACGUGCAGGAUCUGAAAAAGAAGCUUACCCAGGUUGAGAAUGAUCUUAUAAGAUUCAAAAACGACCUUGUCAGUGCCAACAAGGAGCUAGAGGACAAAGAGAAAGCUCUCACAAACGCUGAGAGCGAAAUGGCCACCCUCAACAGGAAAGUCCAGCAAAUUGAGGAGGAUCUUGAGCGCUCUGAGGAGCGUUCUGCUACAGCCCAACAGAAGCUGAAGGAGGCCUCCGAGGCUGCUGACGAUGCCGGCCGUAUGUGCAAAGUAUUGGAGAACAGGAGUCAGCAGGAUGAGGAGAGGAUGGAGCAGCUAAACAAUCAGCUUAAGGAAGCCCGUCUCCUUGCUGAAGACGCUGACGGCAAGUCCGACGAGGUUUCCCGCAAGCUGGCCUUUGUUGAAGAUGAGCUUGAGGUAGCUGAGGACCGUGUCAAGACCGGUGACAGCAAGAUCAUGGAGCUUGAGGAAGAGUUGAAGGUCGUGGGUAACAGCUUGAAAUCUCUGGAGGUUUCAGAAGAGAAGGCCAACCAGCGAGUCGAGGAGUACAAGCGCCAAAUCAAGACCCUGACCGUCAAGCUAAAAGAGGCUGAGGCUCGUGCUGAGUAUGCGGAGAAGUCGGUCAAGAAAUUGCAAAAGGAGGUUGACAGGCUGGAAGAUGAGUUGGGAACCAACAAGGACAGAUACAAGUCUAUGGCCGAUGAAAUGGAUAGCACUUUUGCUGAGCUUGCUGGAUAUUAAUUUUAAAGAAAAUUGCUAUUGCCGAUUGCCGUAAUAGAAAGUUCUUUCUGCAAAAAAAAACUGCACCUCUUUUUCCUGGCUCUCUUUAAUUUUAAAAAGGGUGUAUUUCUGAUCUACAUUUGAAUGCUGAAACCCAUUUUAUAAAUUUAAUGUGCCAUUUUUCUUGUUCGUAUCAUCAAUUCAAUUCAAUUUUAUUGUUAUUCUGUUAGACAAGAAUAUUAACAGUAGUCUUUAACACAUGUCAGGUCUAAAAUUAAAAUUUAGAGAAAAAAACCCGUUGCUCAGGGCAAAGGGAAAAAACUGUAAGAUUAGCGUGAGAAAUUUCACUUGUCAAAAUUGCACAGUAGGUAUUCGUGGAUGUCAUAGAAGUUGUGUUCACUUAGCACUUGUUUCAGUUUCAGGGUGAAUGUCUUUUGACUCUGAAUUCUUUGCGAGUUGAAAGUUUAUUGAUGUCUUAACGCCCAGUUGGAAUGAAGAAAAACA